UUUUGUUUUGUUUUAUUUUCCCAUAUUUUGAUUUUCUUUUGUUUAUUUUUUAAACAAUUGAUUAAGAACUAACAUCCAUAAAUGUUUGAAUAAGUAGAACAAAUAAUUGUUAUAUACGGUGUGACUCACAUACUGCCCCGUUGGUAGAGUUUUAUUUAUUUUUAUUUUAUGUUUUAACUUUAACAAUGUUUCGUUUUCGUAUAAUGUAAUUCAAUUAUUUCCUCUAAGAGUUAUGGAUUCACCACCAGUCCCAAAACCACGUUCCUCAGCAUAUCCCCAAACUGACCCAUUGAAGCGACCGAUACCGUUGCCGCGAACAAAGGUGCCAAAUAAUGACAGAGUUACAGCUUCUGAACUAUUAAAAUCUAUCGGUUCCGUUUCAAAACAGAUUACUGAAGAUGUUGCACAUAAAGUCAGCAGUUCAGCAAAAACAGCAAAUGAAAAGAUCGAAAAAUCUAUAAUGGACGGAUCUAAAUUUGCUAAGGAUACUAUAGAGAAAACGAUUAAUACAUCAAAAGCAGUAAGAGCAUCAGUAACCAAAUCCGUUAUAGAAGGCACAAAGACAGCGGGCUUAAAAAUUCGACGAAGUAAAAAAUUUGAUAGUGCUCAAGAUGAAGAUCCUCAAAGAUGUGUCUCUAUGCCUGCGGUGGAUGUUAGUUUGUUUGAUAACAUCCAAUUUCAUUCUCCCCUUUUGGAACAGAAAAGACUGCAAGGUGAUGAAGGACCAUCAACAAAGGAUAAUCCAACAUCCCCAUACAAUAUAUUAGAUAACCAGUCAUUAUUCUCAAACAAUUCAGAUUCUAUAGAUGAUAGUGCUAGUAAUAUCUCUCAGGAUGGUACAGAGUUUGACCAAAAUGAGUCUAUUUCAAACUUUGAUUUGGAAACAUAUGAUACACCAAAACCAUCACGAGCGAAUAGCUUUAUUAGUGUACGGUCAGCUCCAGAAGUGCCAGGAAGAAGAAAGAAACGUGCUAGUCAGACAGAAUUUAUGAGACAAAAUUCAAUGUAUGAAAACUGGACUUUGCCUCAUCCAACCACUAAACCUCAACCCGUAAGUCCAGAAACAAUAGAACGACCCAGCAAAAGUACAAUCUAUGAAUUUGAUCCCUUAAAUUUUUCUGCAUCUCCAACCAACAAGAAGUACGAAGGAGUUAGUAAUGAGUUGUUAUUGCUUGAAUCGUUUUUAAUAGGAGACACUUAUGGUACAAUUGUGUCCAAUGAUAUUGCCAAUGAUGAAACAUUUGAUUUUGUUGAAAGUGAUUACUUUAACCCUCCAACACCCCCUGAACGAUUUGACAGCCUGGUGACUGGUGAAACUUCAGUAAAGCCUCCUGCUUCAACUAAUGACAAGGACACAAAUUCCAAUUGGUAUGUUGGAGUUGACAGCACUUCUGUUCCUGAAACUGGAGAUGAAGUCAAAACUAAUAGUUCAGUUAUGCAAAGAUUUUCAAAUAUGUUGAAACUGGAUAAUGUUUUAAAUAAAUCGUCCAAGCAAUCUGUUUCAAAAGUUGAAACGGUAGAGAGGCCUCCAAUCAAUAAAUUACCAGUACCUUACUACAGUGGAACAUUAAAUAAAGUGGUUUCAGGUGUGGUUGAGGAUUUGUUUAAAAAUUCGCAAUCACGAUACUGUGUUUUGUCUGAUCAGAAAAUAAUGUGCUACACAGACCCAACCAACUCUAUAGUCAAAGAAGUAUAUACUUUAGAUAGUAUCAAUUCUAUACAAAUAGUUUUACCUCUUUCAUCUAGUACCACAAAUAAUAAUUACUGUUUCGAACUGUCAAUAUCAAUGGGAAUGAAAAGUACUCCAAAAAAAGUGUUAUUUGGUUGCGGUAGUGCUUCAGAAAGGAGAAAUUGGGGACAAAAAAUUGUUGAGCAUUUGACAAAUGGAUUCCCAACCAAAUACAUGUCAGAGUUUACUAGGUGUGGCUGGUGUUAUAUGAAGGAAGGUGUGACGGGCGAGUGGCGUGGCGCGUGGUUAAUGUUGGUGAGGAGAGUUCUCGUAUACUGCACUGCGCCCGACACCUUGUGUAUCGUAGACCUGAGGAAGACCAGAUGUGUUGUUAACCAAGAUGCGGAUGAAGAGACGAAGCAGAAAUGUCCUUCAGACGGCAGCCCCAACUUGCUCCUCGACUGUCCACACGCCACACUAUAUUUACACUUUCAACAUGAAAAGGAACUUAAGGGUUGGAGGUAUAUGCUAAAGUUGGCGGCACACAACAAUGGCGCAUAUUUGCAUCACCAACAGUUGACUAAAGACGACGUGCCCGCCAUCGUCGACAAAUGCAUUAGUUUUAUUUAUGCACAUGGCAGCCUCUCCGAGGGUAUAUACCGUCGGGCCGGUAGCAGCUUGGUGCUCUCCGAGUUACUGGGCCGAUUUCGACGAGACGCCUGGUCAGUGGUACUCAGCCCGGCUCAGCACUCGGAGCACGACGUGGCCGGAGUGCUGAAGAGGUUCUUCCGGGACCUCCCCGAGUCCCUGGUGCCGCAGGACAAGCACCAGGCCCUGACUGCCGCUUUGGACAUCAAAGAUGAGCAACAACGGAACGCAGCGUACAAGGAGGUGAUGCUCUCGUUGCCGCUGGUUGCCCGCAACACGGCGCGCAAGCUGUUCGCGCACCUGCACUUCCUGCACACGAUGGCGCACGCCAACAAGAUGAACGCGGAGAACCUCGCGUCCGUUUGGGCGCCCACCAUCAUGCCCACGGCACUGACGAGCCACACGCUGCCGCACGCGUGGUCGGCGCGGGAGCAGCAGGUGGUGCGCGACCUGAUAGCGCGCUACGCGGCGGUGUGGCAGCCGACGGAGGCGGAGGAGCGGCGCGAGGCGGCGGUGCGGCGCGUGCUGGCCGCCGUGCUGGGCCGCGCCGCGCCGCCCGCGCCGCGCGCCGCCGGCGACCUGCGCGCCUGGCUCUACGUGCGCGACCGCGCGCACUGCCGCCACGUCGCGUUAACACCAAGCAAAACGAGCGCCGACAUAUGCAUAGAGCUCGCCGAGAAAGCGAAAAUGGAGUCGCAUUUGAUGAUGAUAGAGGAGGUCAUAUGCAACGAGUCCAUGCGUCGCAUCGUCCACAAGGACGAAGUGGUACUGGAUGUUGUGUUGCGCUGGAGUUACUGGGACGAGGAGGACAGGAAAGAUAACUAUUUAAUUAUAAAAGAUAACAAAACACUGCACGAUAUGGAGAAUUUGAAACACUCGACGUCGGUGUGCGGCGAACUGCGGGUCGCCAACGAAACUACGAAAACCUUCAAGACGCAUAUGUUCGAGUGCGGCAAAUCGAAGCUGUGCUAUUUUAAAGAUAAACAAGGCUCGCACAAGCUCGAGGAGUGGAAUGUAAAGGACAUCCUGUGGUACAACGGGCACGAGCCGAAACGGAACCCGCAGUCGCGGUGGGCGAUCACCUUCAUACCGAGGAACGAUAAACAGAAAAGGAGUAAAGAUCGUCCAUGGUUCGGAUGCACCAUCGCAGGGGCGGUGACUGAGGACCAGCUCAAGUGGAUGGCCGCGUUGAUGUUCGGAGAACAUUCUAGUAUUCUACCCACGCCUAGACUUGUUAUCACUUAGCCCUCAAAAGGUACAUAUGCAUUAUUUGAGAAUAACCUAUUGAUGUUUAAUUCAAUUUCUGCUUAUAAGUUAUAUAAGUGACAUCAAAAUUUCGUCUGUUUCAUAUUGUGUUGAAAGAAGCAACGGUAAAAAAAUUCUACUGUGAUAAUUAACAAUAACAAUGAGAGAGAAGAUCUUGCACUCAAAACUUGCCAUUUUAUUUGUAAAGUCUGAAAGUUUUAGUUAAAACAUAAAAAGUGAUAAUAUAUGGGUGAUACUUAGAGAACGUACUGCGCUCUGUUUCGGCUGAAUGUGAUGUUUUAAUGGACUGCUGUAUGACACUUUUAUAGAGGUAUUAUAAACCAGUAAUAAUAAUAAACGAUUAGCUUAUUAAGAUAUACUUAACUUGUCUGUAUAUCUAUAACAUAGUCAAUUUCCCUUUUGUGCUUUUAUGUAUCGGUAUUAUAUUUUUUCUUUUGUGAUCAAGGAAUAUUCUCAUUUGUUCUAUGUAUCCAAGUUAAAGGUAAAAUUAUUUUAUUGUAUGAUUGUCUAUUUAUCGUUAUAUCGUAACAUAAAGAAAUGUUACACUACGUAUUACUUGUAAUUAGUAUAUAUAUGUAAUAAUCACAUCAAAUUCAUAUUUUUAAUUAUAUAUUCAAUUUAUAAUAAAUUAUAUACAUAAUUACAUAUAGCAUUAUUUAGACUUGCAAUAACAAUCUUAUAAUAUAUAACAUACUUAAAAUUAUAAGAAACUAUACAUAGGUUAUAGAGGUAAUAUAAUGACGUAACAAAUGUAAUAAUAUAAUAUUGUUUAAUAAUUUACUACAUAACCAUUUAAAGUAUUUUCUAGGUAUUGUUUUAUAAAUGAUUUGAAAAAUCAUUACAUAUCACAAAUAUUGUGUUCUUAUUGUUAGGUACUUAUUUGUAAAAUAUCAAAUGGAAUAAUAUCGUUCUUUUCUUUAUUAUUAAUGGUAAUUUUUAAUAGUCGAACUCAUGGACAGUAAAUAAAAUACCAUAUAUAAUUAUUGUUACCAAGAAUCGAAUAAAUUUUUCAUAUAAAUAUUUUAUAUUAAAAAAACAAACUCUGUGAUGGUUUCCAGUCAAUAUAGCACAAAUCAAUCAUCUCUGUGAUCUUGACUCCAAAUAACAUUUCAACUCUUUGCAUGACGAAGCACAAAUGUAUGAUUUUCAUCUGACAUAUAGUUUAUUUUAUUUGAAUAUAAUAUUAUAUGUUUUGUUACUAUUGAGACGUUUUAUCUUAUGAUUAUAUGAUCCUAAAUAAUGAUUAUACAUAUAAUGUAUUUGUAGGUUUACAUGUAAUUUAUAUACUAAUUGUAGACUACUUUUAAGUCUCUAUUUAUACUAUAUGAAUCACGUUUAUACAAUAUUAUUAUUACAUUUAAAAAUUAUAGUAACACCUAGAGUGCUUUUUGAUUAUUAUAAUUCAGAACUCAAUUUCAGCAUGGAUGAACUUAUAGAAAGUCGCGUUAGCUUCACGUUCUAAAUCACAAACGGUUGAAUAAAAUGAGUUUUGAAUCAUUGGAUUAUUACGGUAACUUUUGAAAAAAUACAAAAAAGAUUUCGGUCCGGGAUGAGCAGCUAUUUAUAUAUCAUUUUCACUUUUGUGGUGCACAAUGAAGUUACUCAUUUUCAUUGAAUUAAAGUAUAUAAUACUGUAAGACUAUACUUAUAUAAUAUAAUAGUUAUAUAAUAUCUAUAUAAUAGUUAUAAAUUAAUAAUAAUAGUCACUUAUCUAAAUACUAUCUCAUAAGGGUCAGUCACAAGCGUGCCUUUUAAAUAAGACUACAAUUUGACAGCCAUGGCUGAAAAAUAUAGAUGUUUUUCAUACACCUUUACAGUUCACGUGAAUGUAAUAAUUUUAUUUUAAAUUACUGCACAAUAUGAAAUGCAUCUCAAAGUACCGAUGAAUAUACCCAUUUUGAAUAAAUAAAUUAAUCAUAUUGUGUAGUCUGCAGAAUACAUAACGUACAUACGUACUAAUAUAUAAAAUAGAAAAUAAACGAAAUAAAAUCGGGAAUGCAAUUUGGUUACUUAAAAAUGUUGUAAUCAGUCUCAAAAUUUUACAAUUCUAUCCAAAAUAAUAAUACACAUAAAAAUGAAAACGAAAAAUACGUUCUUUCAUACUUUAUUUACGUUCACAAAACAAUCCAGUCAUGCGCUGUCGUCUACUCCCAGAACAUGAUGUCAAUUUGAUGUACGUUAGAUAAUUAUAAUAUAAAUAUUGUUAGUGCAGUCAUUUGGUUUAAAAAUACCUAGGUACAUGGAAAGCUUACUGGGAGUUUUGAAGGUGAUUUUAUUGAUAAUCUCUUUUUUCCAUUGCCUUGAGGCUCGAUUGAUCUUAUCAAAAUUCCAACUCGAUCGGCCGCGACAUUAUAUAAGCAAUUUUUUUGGAUGUAUGUAUUUUCCCAGUUUUUAUACAGCAGAAAGUCUGUGCAUUUAAAGUGCUUUUGAUAUAGGGAACAGUUCUAAAUUAUUAUAAAAUAAUUAAUGAAAAUGUAAAGUUUUGCCGCAAAGUAUUACGCAAUACUCGUUUUCGCGGUAGCCAAGCGGAAAUCAAAACUCCUUCAGAACGUACCAGGUUAAUGUACCACUACCAGAUGACUGGACCAAUAUAUAGUAGGGUUAUAUGUAUUCGUAAAUAAAUUUAAUUAUUGGAUUAUAUUAAAAUGUAGCAAAUAUGGUUAAGGAAGCUUCUGCAAAUUAAUUUGAAUUAGUCGGAACCAAUUUAUUAUUUUACAAUUUAUUUAUAAUUGUAGGAAAUAUCUAUCACAGAAAUGAUUAAUUUUUUUUUGAUAUGUAAAAAUACGUAUCUUUUUUUACAUGCAUCAUGUUCUUAAAAUAUUGAUUAUAAGUCUAUUAUAAUUUUAUAUAAUUAUUAUUAUUUCUAAGUUAUUGAAUUAACAAACAUCCCAAAAUCUCCAAAACAUGAUAGUAUAAGAGGCACUACGGAUUAAUAUGAAUUAAUUUGUAUUUAUGACAUUGAAUGGAAUUAAAACAAUGUUGAUGCUAUCAAAGUAGAAAGGAAGCCAAAGAAAAAUUAACUCAAGUAAAAUGCACCGUGGUGUCAAAUUUAUCAAUGCUAAUUGCAAUUUAUAUUUGACCCCAAUAUAUAUUAAGAUGUUUCUGUAAUUAAAUGAAACCAUGAAUUUUAUUACUUCAAUACUCACGCAGUAAUGUAAACUUAUUAAACAAAAUAAUACGUAUUGUAAGAAUUUGAUUAAUUUUUUACACAAAAUUGAUCAAUAAGGUGAGAUGUCGAUUAUUCUUAUCAAUUAUUCAUUACUUUAAUGCUAUUUUAAUGAAGGUAGAAGAAAUGAUUCCAUUCUUGAUUAUCAUUUGCAAACAUUUUUUAUAAGCUAAAAUUUAAGAAAAUUCUGCUACUUAUUAAUGUCAAUUCAUAAAUGAUAAAUAAUAAUUUUAGUAAAUAUUGCAUGUAUAUAGAUUAAAGAAAAACGUACUAUAAGGAUUAUUGAUUUAUAGCUAGAUAAAUUAAUGAUAAUAUCAAAAAAUUAAAUUGGCAGGUAUUAGUAAACUAUUAGUUAAUUAGUAUACAUGUAACACUGCGAGUUAUUAUUAUUAACUUUCGUAUAGGUAUUUUAAAGUUUUAGCAAUCAGGUCAAUUUAAAAGAGACUUCGUACAAUUUCUAGAGUCAAUUCAUCUAAUUAUUAAGUAUUAUACUAAUUGUAAAUACAAUGAAAUUUUAACUGUUUCAAAAUAUUAUAUAUUUGGUGAUUAAGAGCCCGUUACCGCCAGACUUUAUUUAUUUCUAAAGGACAAGAGGCGGGGCAUUAAGUAGUGUUUAUACGAGUAUUGAGUGUUCGCAUACCCACCAUGGAAUACACCAAUUAGUAAUGCCCAAAUAACGGAAUUGUUAAACUCCAAAGCUGUAGCGUUAUAUAGUUCUGUGCAAAUACAUGUACAAUCAAUUAAAAGUAUUAAUGUAUAAAAUUUCUAUUCUUUUCAAAAUCGUAUUUAAUAUACAGACCUUCAGUCUGGCGAAAGCCCACGAUGAAUUGCAAGCAAUAUCCACUCCAAAAUGAUAUAUUCAUUUUUAAUAAAAUAUGCGUUUAAACUCAGCUACAAGGAUUUGAGGAUUUCACGACUAACCAACUUUGCAUGUAUGCGGGCAUUCAAUACACGUAUUUUAUAGAAAACGUGUAAGUUCUGGCGGCACUAGACUAGAUUAAGAACUCUAUAGAGUAUGUAUAAGUUAUGAUUGGCAAUUUUAUAAUGUAGGAUUAUUUUGAACUUUACAAUAUUCGAAUGUGAUGUAUUUAAAGCUAAUUUUUGGUCUGCGAACCGAUUAGAUAUAUUUAGUUUGAAAAUAUGCUAUUUUUUAAUCUAAAAAUAAGAUUUUUCUCAACCUUUUUACUUUUUUAUCAUUGUUUUUAUGUAUUGAUCAAUUUGUGUUUUUCAUAUUUUAUCAUUCCGUUGAAUUUGAUUUAGAUAAGAUAGUAUUACAUCUCAAAAUAUAUUAUGUGCAUCUAAUAGCGUUAAUGUAAGUGUAUGAAAUAUACUCAUGUGUUUUUGCCUAUAGUCAAUAAAAUAUUAAUGAAAUUA